AAAUACAAAGCAAUUUGGAAAUCCACUUUGAAAGCCGUGUGGUCCCCAACUUGCUGGUGGGUUUUGUGCGGUCUUCUUUUUUUUUCGGAAUUUGUUGGUGGUGAAAUUUAGGUUCAUUUUGUUGGGUGUGCUUACCGUUUGCAUUAACUUAAAUCAUGACGACCGAGACAACUCAACCACCGGACGCAAGCACUGUUGAGGCAGGUGUCGAGAAGGAUGUGGCAGAGGAUGUGAAUGCGGUCGUGCAAGACCAAACCUUCAACCUUACCAUCAAAAUGCCACAGUCCCUGCCGCCUCUCAAAUUUGUGGUGCAUGCCCACACGAGCAUUCAAGAAAUUCGACAGGUCAUAUUUGAUGCGUCUGAAGCACAAGGGUACACGUGCUUUCAUUUGAUGUUUGAUGGGAAGAAGCUGAGUGACGUGAUCGAGUUGGGGGAGGUGGAAGGGUUUGGAGUGGAGAGUGUGUUGGAAUUGGUUGAAGGAGAAUACACGGAUCGUGAAGUCCGGGUUCAUUUGACCCGAUUCAGGGAGACUUUGACAAACUUUGCGAGCUUUUUGCCAAGUUUUGGAGUGGAUCAUGCUGCGUCGCUCUUGAGCUGUGUUGAAGACAAGGAGGAAAAUGGCCAUGAUGACAAGGGCAAGAGCAAGAACAAGCGAAACGGCAAGGACUCCAAGCGUAACGGAGAUGCCGCAAGGAAUGGACCUGGCCAUCACGCGUUUGCAGAUUACGAUUUCGAACGCAAGGGCGCCACACUCUUAAGUGAUUUCAUCCCACACGGGUUCAAUAACCCGAACCGUAUUGCAUGCCUAAAGAGUCUGUCUGUUUCCCCAUGGAAUCCUCCCCCUUUCCAGCAAAAGUCUCGUGGUGAUCUGCUCUAUCUUCGUGCAGAGACCCUUGAAGGGGAGGUCCUACAUCUCACCUGCUGUGCUUCUGGGUUCUACGUGAAUGCAAGCACCGAUGGCGAAUUCCACCCCUUCCCACGACAGCGAAAACCGUGCCACGAGCAUAACAUCCAUGCCACCCUCUCCAAAGCCAGUCCGCUCUUUGGAAAGAAUUUCGCAAGGCUUCAAGCCACGAACGCCCGGCGGAACCCUCUAGAGUACAUUGUGACUGCAUCGGGAGCGACACCAUGGGCUGUCAAGAGUCGGUCGCAUAGUGCUGACCCGGGACGAUCUCUGGAUGCCCAGCUGACGGCCGCCGAACACGCCGAUGCCUUCGGGGCGCGGGACUGGAACGAAGACUUUCAGAGCACACGAGAUCUCCCUCGGUCUACACCACAGGAAAAGGUCUUGCGCGAUCAAGCAAUGUACCGUACCCAUGCUGAUUUCAUUGAAGCCGCCGUUCGCGGUGCGGUUGCCGUCUUGAAUGGCAGUGUCAUGUCCCUCAACCCGCAAGAACCAGGUGCUACCCAAAUGUACCUGCACAAUAACAUCUUCUUUUCCCAGGGGUACGACCAGCGUGAAGCGUUUGAGAAGCUGGGUGGGCCCGACGCUGCUCACGUGGCCGUCUCCAAAGAUGUUGACGGCGUCCGACUGCUUUCCAAUCUGGAAAUUGACGGUUUGCAUACCCUUGGUACCGCUGUCAUUGACUACAUGGGACAACGUAUCGUUGGACAGACGGUCAUUCCCGGAAUCCUGUCCAGACGCGCCGUGGAGAGCGAGUCAUUGGUAAAAUAUGGGUCUGUGGAUCUGGGAAAAGAGAUUUUCUCUGACGAAGAAUUCCAUGCUCUGUCUGCCCAAGUCGCGAAGGCAUUGCAUUUGGCCGAACACGAGGUGAUCGAUGGAGAAGGCAAAGUUCAUAAACUCUUCACUUCCGUAGACACAAAGGGCAUCGUCGGCACGGACGGUCGCCGCUACCUCCUCGAUCUGUACCGGAUUACACCGGUGGAUAUUGAAUUCAUCGAACAGGUCCGAUCUGAUGAGACGAAUCCGUAUCCCCACGAAAUGGCCCUCUUGCGACCGGAAUUGAUUGACUACUUUUAUGAGACCCGAUUGAGAGCUUUCGUGGAAGAACGGCAAAAGGAGGAGGAAGCAAAGAAGAGCAAGAAGGGUGACGGAGAUGAGAAGCAGGAUGUGGAAGACGGAGAUGCUGUGUUGGUCAAUAAGGAAGGUGCUGAAGAAGGGCAUGAGGAGAAGGGCGAGGAUGUGAUAGACCCCCCGAAAUUUGAACUUGAAUUCAACACGGAUGUUUACACUCUCGUUCAACUUGCCGGUGAACAGCAAGACCUCGAAAGUCAACGCUCUCUCACCCGGGAAGCUAGCACCUUUUUGCGGGAAACAAUGAUACAGCGUUUGGUUGUUGAAUGCAUAUACCAGAGCGUACCAAUUGAUGGCGAAGCCCUCACAAAGCGAUUCCAUCAACGUGGUGUCAAUAUGCGGUACUUGGGCAAAACAGUACAAGUCGCUGAGAGUACUGCGGCCAAGGUCCCGAGGUGUCCGCACGAGUAUUUUACGGAAUUGUGUAAACAGGAAAUGAUCGCCCGAGCCGCCAAACAUGUCUUACGCGAUUUACUCAAAGACACGCCCUUGUAUUUGAUGGGCGAGUGUGUUUCGCAUUUCCUAAAUUGCCUGUUUUGUGGUGAGGAAGGUGUUGUGCCUGUUACUGAAGGAGUUCAUGGGCGGAUUACACCCAAAACUCUCUCCUACGCGGCAUUGACACCCGCGGCAUUGCACGAACGCAUUCAGAAGGAGGUGGCCAAGCGGUUCCGGUUUGAAGGGAUACCAAGAGAUCUGAUCUUGUCGAGACGUGUUCCUCUUUUACGGUCGAUCUGUUUGAAGGUCGGGUUGCAAAUUGAGGCAAGGGAUUACGCGUGGGAUGCAACACCCAUUUUUGGUCCAUCGGAUAUUGUGAAUCACUAUCCAGUAGUCAAGCAUGCUGAGCCUAGGGCAAGCUUUGCUGAAGAAGCCAUGGAACACGCCCAACUCAGCUUGGCCCAAGAACAACUCCCCAUUGCCAUCGACAUUUACCAAGAAGCCGCCGCGGUUUACGAACAAGUAUACGGCCCCGUGCAUCGCGAUACAGGACGAGCCUACAGCGCACUCGCCAUGGCACACUACCAGACUCGCCAAUUCGAUCUCGCCCAACUGUUCCAACGCAAAGCCGUUGUCGUGUCGGAACGAACACAAGGUAUCGAUGACCCCGAUGUCCUGCAAAAUUACAUGAACUUGGCCUACUUUGAAUUCAUGGGCUCGCAAGACUCGACACGCGGCGCCCUUACACUAAUGCGCCAUGCACUUAACCUCUGGGAAAAACUCGGGGCCGGAAGCCGUACCCUUGAAUCCGCCUCCACCGACGCCAAUAUUGCCGCUAUGCUCCAACAACUCGGACACAUUUCCCUCUCGAACGCCUUUUACGAACGCGCCCGCGAGACACAUGAACUUCUCCUAGGUAAAGACCACCAUCUUACUGGCGCCUCCUAUGAUGCCCUCGUCAAAGGUUACGUGCUUGCAUCCGAUUUCCGUAAAGCACUGGGAGUCCAGAAGCUUGCGUGGGAGUACCUUCGCAAACGCUUUGGAGACACUGAUGAACGUGUCGUAAGUGCUGAGACCGUCUUGCGCAAUCUGACGGAAAGAGCUGUCAGCGAUGCCAAGAAAGCAAAGCUCGCAUCCCACCCACCACGCAAACAGCAACCCACACCCUCACCACCAUCUCAGGACUCUACGUCUAUAGGAUCAAAAGGAUCCUUACCUAUUGAUGAGCUGUUAAAAUUUAUUGGGGAGGGCGGCAAGAAACGAAGAGGAAAAUAGAUGGAUGCUUGUGUUGACUUUACUACUAGAAUAUAUGCCAUUCACAUCAUAUGAGCAUUUGCACCGACA